GCCUCCCACCACCAUCGAAGACCCCUAGAGAACAGCCGGGCAGCUGGAAGGGAGCGGGGGGGAGGUCACGGGGCCUCCCUUUGAGGUCUUCCACCCCCGGCAGACGCCUUCAAAAGGGGGGGCGCCGUCGCCCCGCGCCCUGGGACAUAUAUGGGCCGUUCUCUUUGCUUCUUAGUCCUAAAGAUUUCCUGGUGUGUCCAUGUAGUUGUCGUCGUUUUACUGACGAAGGUUUUGCUUUUGAUGUGCUAUGUUUUGUUAUUGUUCAUCAAUCCCCCAUGCUUGAGCUCGUGCUUUUUGUCGUGAAUGAUCGUGUGCUUGUUAUUGGAGGCAACUUAUU